AUGGACCCCCAAGGCACUGUGGUGGGCGUGCUGGGCGGUGGCCAGCUGGGCCGCAUGUUCGGCGAGGCUGCCUCGCGCCUGAAUGUAGCCGUGCGAUUCCUCGAUGUUGGCGAGUUUACGCCUGCCAAGCAGAUCACGAGCGUGCCUGCCUCCCUGGACGGGCCGCGCCAUGUGGACGGCAGCUUUGCGGACCGCGCCAAGAUCCACGAGCUGGCCGCGCAGGUGGAUGUGCUCACCGUGGAGAUAGAGCAUGUGGACGCCGAUGAGCUGCAGGCCGUGCUGGACGAGCGCCUCGUGCGCGCCGUCCACCCGGCGCCCGCGACGAUCCGCCUGAUCCAGGACAAGUAUUCGCAAAAGGAGCACCUGCACGCGCACGACGUGCCGGUCGUCGACUCCCUGGCCAUCGACAACAACGAGGAUAUGCAUGCAGCGGUGCAAGCGGCCGUCGAGCGGUUCCAGCUGCCGCUCAUGCUCAAGUCACGCACGCAGGCGUACGACGGGAAGGGCAACUAUACGCUGCGCAGCCUGGACGACGUGGAUGCGGCCAUUGCGGCGCUGGGCGGUGGCUCGCGCCCACUCUACGCGGAAAGGUGGGCGCCAUUCGCCAAGGAGCUUGCGGUGAUGGUCGUGCGCAGUGUCGACGGCCACGUCGCUUCGUACCCGGCGGUGGAGACGGUGCACGAGCACAGCAUCUGCCACAGUGUGUAUGCGCCGCUGCGCAGCGAGACGCCCGAGCUGGCGGAGCGUGCGCGUGCGAUUGCCGAGAAGGCCGUCGCGACGUUCACCGGCGCCGGCAUCUUUGGCGUGGAGAUGUUCUUGAUGCCGGACGGCACGAUCCUACUGAACGAGAUUGCGCCGCGCCCCCACAACAGCGGGCACUACACGAUGGAUGCGUGUGAGACGAGCCAGUUCGAGAACCACCUGCGCGCGAUCCUCGGGCUGCCGCUCGGCAGCACCGCGCUCAAAGUACCGUCAGCCGCGAUGCUGAACCUGCUGGGCCUGGCGGACCUGAGCCGUGAUCCCGACGCGCUCGCGAAGACGCUUGCGCCUGCGGUGCGCAGUCUGCAUGUGCCGGGCACGACGGUGCAUUUGUAUGGCAAGAGCGGGUGCCGCCCUGGGCGCAAGAUGGGCCACAUCAACGUGGUGGGGCAAUCGGACGCGCAGGUGCACGAGCGCAUGGGUGCCUUGUUGGAGGAGCUGCGCCUUGCGCAGGCGGCUGCGCAGAGCGCCGCGCCGUGGGACGCCGGUGCGGCGCGCGAGCGUGCGCAGCGCUCGCCGGCCACCUCCGACAAGUGCGCCCGCGACUUUUCGCAUCCGCAGGCGCUCGUGGGCAUCAUUAUGGGGAGCGAUAGCGACCUACCUGUGAUGAUGCCGGCCGCCCAGACACUCAAGGCGAUGGAUGUGCCGUUUGAGCUGACGAUUGUGAGUGCGCACCGCACGCCUGACCGUAUGCGCGACUAUGCGCGCAGUGCGCCAGCGCGGGGCGUGCGCAUCAUCAUUGCGGGCGCGGGGGGCGCAGCGCACCUGCCCGGCAUGGUCGCUGCGCAAACGCCUGUGCCUGUGAUUGGCGUGCCUGUGAAGGGAAGCACGCUCGACGGCGUCGACUCGCUGCACAGCAUUGUGCAGAUGCCGCGCGGUGUGCCUGUGGCGACAGUGGCGAUCAACAACAGUCUGAACGCGGCGCUCCUGGCCGUGCGCAUCCUCGGCACGGGCAUCCCGUCCUACCUCGCCAAGAUGCAGGCGUACAUGGACGACAUGGAGCAGGGCGUGAUGGACAAGGUCGAGCGCCUCGCGCGCGACGGCUGGAACUACUAG